UUUGUCUUGCUGAAACAAAGUACAAGUGGAAGGUCUCAAAGAUUGUGAACUUUUCGCCAUAAUGGUGUGAGCCUACAUGACUAGUAGUGUGAAAGUUGAGGUACUUUACUAUUUUCAUGCAGAAGGAAAUUAUAAGCGUUAUCGAUUACAGCUUUACUACCGAACGUACUUGUCACUACAUUGCUCAGAAAAUUGUUUUUGGUGAGUCGAAACGAUCACGAAGUAAAUGCUUGUGAAGUAAAAGCUGUGAUCAUCCUCGACAUCCUGUAGUGUCCUCAGCAUGGCGGAGGAGGUAUUGGGUGAAAGCGCACCGCAGUCAGAGACUCGAGACUUGAGUGAAGUCAACGCCUUACAACGAGAGCCAGUUCCUGCUUUUCUUCAGAAACUGUGGGCUAUGGUCAGCGACCCUGAGACGAAUAACGUCAUUUGCUGGGCUGAGGAUGGCAAGUCGUUCAUUGUCAAAAAUCCAGAUCUUCUCUCGCAGGAGAUCUUGCCAAAGUACUUCAAGCAUCGUAACUUCUCCAGCUUUGUACGACAACUGAACUUGUACAACUUCAUUCGGAGCAGUGGCCUGGGCACGAAUGCCAUCGUCGCCAGCGGAUAUGUAGUCUUUGGGCACUCUUUGUUUUGCAAAGGCCACCCUAAUCUUCUUCGCAAGAUCAAGAGAAAGACUGCUGCUUCGGCGGUGAAGACGAGCCCACAGCCUGUUCCUGUUGCUGUUCCUGUUGCUCCGCCAGUCAAGGCUGGUGGGAGUGACGACUUCUCUCAAGCGGUGACCGGCUCACUUGAGAAGCUGCAGAAACAGCAAGAGCAGAUCAUGGUCACCUUGCAGGAAAUGAACCGAGAUAACCGUGGCCUGUGGACGGAGAUGAUUAGUCUCCGGCGCUCCGUAGAGCGUCACGAGACGAUUAUCGCAAAGCUGGUGAAAUUCAUCGAACGCCUAUUCAAGAGCCGGACACUGCCGCCUGCGCAGAAACGAAAACGAUUCUCGUUUGAGUCCCAGGACGCGCUAGAGGCUCCAUCAAAGCGGCCGCCACCAGCAAAUCAGGACUCUACAACGGAGCUCUUGGAUGAUCUGGUGACCACCUUCAACAGCCACCGGCAGAACCUGAGCAAUGCCACUACUCUGGAUUGCCCCAUUCCGAUCACUGCGCAACUGCCCGAGCGUUUUCGAGUCGACGAGCCUCGUGGCCUGGAUCUGGUGACCUAUACUGGUACUGGUGGUCGACUGUCGCCCAGCAAUUCUGCAGCGCGUGUGUCCGCUGGAGCGGCCAGCACUGCGGCCAGCAACAUGUCGGAGGUUGUGCCGAUUGCCUCUGCGAGUAGUGCCACACCCAGCGGUCUCGUCACAGGCAUUCCCGACACGCGUGCCCUAAAAGCGCCGCAUCCAUCGCAACUGUCCGCUUCACAGCUUCCUUCUUUGGCGGACACAAGCUUCAGCGCAGAUGCACUAGUGGCGAGUAAAGCAAAUACAUCUGCGCUCACGCAACCAUCUGAGCCUCAAAUCACGUUCCUGUCGCCAAGUCAUCCGGACUUUCUGGAUGGAGUUCACGAGCAGCAAGUAUUGGAUUCGGGCGGGCCUAGCUUGUCCCCAAGUUGGGGACUGAAUUUCGACAAAGAUACACUGCAGGAGAACAUCUCGAGCGUCAAUCAAGGCUUAGACACCCUGCUGCAGCAGCUCACCGCGCAAGGCGUACCGCCAGAAACGAUCGACCAAUUGUUCAGUGACUCUAGCCUAGACACCAACCUCGAUUUCAACAUACCACUGGAUGAUCCAUUUGGGAAGAACUACUUUGACAACGACGACACAGCCAGUUCCUCGCCAGGAUCAGCCCAUGGCUAGCACGCAUACCCCGUACGAUUGCUGCAAUCCGUUCCAAUAUCAAUGCCCCACCCAGCUGUUGCAUGCGUUUACAUCAAGAGCAGCUAGAACACAAAGACGACGGGCAGUGAGUUUGCGGCCAACGCCCGGGUACGUUGGACUCCGCGUUGUGAGCGUGUGUUGCCAUGGUAACAGCAGACCUGUCACAACUCAGCAUGAAAUAACCGCAUACAACUCUAGCAAAAAGAACUGUUCCUGCCCCUCUUGUCACAGGUUGAAUCAGCCUCUCAGUUUUAAAAACUCCUUUUUAGACGGACACAGAGAGAGAACAAGGCUCUUGCGUCGUGUCGGGACGUAGUCACCAUGUCUCCAUGCUGUGUUGUGUAGUUGGUAGAUCGUAAUUGACACGAACACAAGCAGGGUAGAAGAUGUUUUCUACCGGGCAAACAGCCUUCAAUGUACAUAGUUAGAGCUGCCCGUAUGAAUCGAUCUUGAUUGAUGGUGCAUGCAUGCUGCUUGAUGUGGGAUCGUAUAACCCAGAGUCUUUGACGCUUCGAUCUUUAAGUUCUUUUUCUUUUCUUUUUAUUAUCAUAUCAGACAGUCGUAUUAUAAACUGGCAUACGCGUGCUACUUGUACUUUUAGUCUCGUUUUGUUAUGUUGUUUAGUCUUAAACUUUGGUUCUCUUUGUGGCAGUACUUUCUUAUUCUUUGUUUCUAGCUGGUCCUCUAGUCUUGUUCAUUGUUCCUGAUCACUGAUAUAACCAAACACCUAGCCAGUCACUUCA